AUGGACAAGUUGGAAGAGGGUGUUGAAGAUACAGACUCUUGGACUUUACAUACUAACCUAACAAAGAACAAGAUUUACCUAAAGCCCAUAUCUCGGGGUUCAGGCAAGACCUAUACUGAAUACACUUGCAUAAGUAGUGAACACAAUGUACAGGUCCUAAAAAGAGUAAAAGGAAGUCCGAAGAAGAGACCAAAGGUAAAGGUCUUAAAAAAACAUACCAUUCCUGUAUGGAAACCGACAGAAGAAGGAGGAGCAACACCAUACACUGGAGAAAACAAGUGGCAGAAAAAGAAGCGUAAAACUCGACAUGAACGAGACAAAAUAUUCCAGGACAAGCUGAAGAUGCUGUGGAAUCAGUAUACUCAGUUACAGAAUAAGAUAAAUAUGCUGUGGAGUCAAUCCUCUCAGUCACAUGAUGAAGUGAAGACACAAGGUGACCACCAUGAUAACCAGAUGCACGAGGGCACAAAUACACCAGCUGAUCAAGACAAGCAUCUCAAAGAGUUGGUGAUCACACAAUUUGAUCCAGACAAACAAGUGAAAGAAGAGAUAAGCAGACACUACUAUCAAGACGGACAUUCAGAGGAGGAUAAGCUCAAACUCCUCAGUCAUGACCAGAAAGGGCAAGAGGAGAUGAUCACACAAUUUGAGCAAAAUAAACAAGUAGAGAGGAACACAAAAUUGUAUCGAGACAAACAUGUGAAAAAAGAAAUGAUCAGACACUACUAUCAAGAAAUGGAUGCAAAAGAUGGUAAGAUCAUACUACUUAGUGAUGACCAACAAGAGCAAGAGGAGAUGAUCACACAAUUUGACCAAAACAAGCAAGUAGAGUGGAACACACAAUGUUAUCAAGGCCAACAAAUGAAAGAAAACACGACCAGACAUUACUAUUAUGACAGGGAUGCAAAAGAAGAUAAUAUCACACUAUUCAGUCAUGACCAACAAGGGCAAGAGGAGACCAUCACACACUUCGACCAAAAUAAGCAAGAGGAGAGGAACACACAAUUUGAUCAUGACAAUCAAGUGAAAGAUGAGAGGAUCAAAGUUUGCUUUCCAAACGAGAGGGUGGAUGAAGAGAGAAUCACAUUCUGCUAUCCAGAAAAGCAGGAGAAUGAAGAGAUAUCCACCCCCUUCUAUCAACACACCCACCUGCCUGAAGUGAUGAACACUCUGCAACUACAGCAACUCAUGGCAGAAGAAUACAUACACCAGGCAAGCACAGAAGCGAGGAUCCACAGCUGGUUAAGUCAUCUCCACUACUGGCAUUAA